GUUGAAGGUGUUCAAAGAACGCUGUGGCUCUGUUGAUAAUAUUUGAUGACAACAUCUGCUCUUGUCAUUGGAGAUCGGUUCGUCCUCUGCACUUGGGUGGAUUUGACUUUUGUAGUUGGGGCGAUCACGUGGCUAGGACUGGAGCAACAUGGCUUGUGGCGCAAUGACAGUGAGCCGCUAAACAAGCAGUCUCAUUGCGAAUGUACUCACUUGACGGCAAUUGUGUGAACACUCGUACAGUAGGGCCAACGGUUGGUCAGAAGUAUUCUAGAAAAUGCUUUCUGUCAACACGCAACGUUUGCAAAACUAAAGCUCGAACUGUCGGACACAAGUCUGGAUUGGAGGUAAUGGACUAGAGAUGACACUUACACAGGCCAGUCGGCCAUGGAGACAUUUGUAUCGUCAUGCGAGGGGAUCAUAAACAGGAAGGUCUUCAUGGGGAGGUUAAACCGUAUUAGUCACAACCUGCAGCUGUAUAUGCAGCAUCACACAGGGAUACCAACAAAGUAUUACACAGUCGGUCUACUGUACAGUAGACAUUUGUACAUCUAUUUCUCGACUAAAGUUGCUCCGCGUGUGCGGCGCGCUGUGUAAAUGGUCGGUCACACUUCAUCAGAUAGAUGGAGAGAGAGACAAAAAGAAGAUGUCAAGCCAAAAAGGCCAGGAGCCGAAACAACUUCGGUAGAUGAACUUUGUCCUCAUCUUAACUGGAGUUUCAACUGCCGCGAGAAACUGUCCGUCGUGACUCACAUCUUCCCUCCCAGCGAGAAAUGUUUCCCGGUGAGCACACGUCCUGCCGUCGACCUGCGUCCGCCCAGUGCAGCAGCUGAGGGCAGAGGACAUGCAGGUCGCCGCGUGGUGGACGUGGAUGCUGGGGGUCAGCGUGACGGUCACCGUGACGGCCAGUGUGACGGCCAGUGCAGCUGUCGGUUUCCAUGGAGACACACAAGCUUUACGCUUCCAGCCACCGAGAAGACAAACAAGGGAUGUUGUUAUGGUGGAGCCUGCAAGAUACAGGGCAGAGCCUCCAGGGUCCAGGGCAGAGCUUCAAGGAUCCAGGCAAGAGACUGCAGUUUGGAGCAGCGGAAAAGCAAUUUCCGCUACAACUGUUGUGCUUGCCUCCCUUGUGACCAGCACGAGCCUCGUCCUCUGUGUCUGGUUCGCAGCCAAAGCUCGCCUGCAGUGCUCCAGGAAGCUGCGGAUGAAUCUGUCUGUGCCAAAGCCGCAGUGUUUCAGGAGAUGUCUAGGAGCAAUCAGGAGGUUGAGGCAGGACACCGGCAAUGAUGAUGAUGAUGAUGAUGACAGCAGCUUCUACACCGACGUGGCGGUGGCACCUGACGACUGCCUCACACAAGCGGCGGUGUCCCCUACCUGCCACGCGGCAAGUGUGUCGGGUGGACCGGACUACACUGACGUGGCUUUCCCGGGUGUCCGUGACUACACCGAGGUCACUCUCUCGCCUGGACCGCACUACGCGGAUGUGCAAGUGGUGAGUGGGUCACGUGGCUCUGACAAUGCAGCUGCUGGUCUGUCCAGUAAAGGUAGUCGGGUACUCUUUGUGAGGGACUAUUCGGAAGUCAAAGACGUGAGCAGUGACCGAGUGGGCAUUUCGGGUAGGCCGGAGUAUGCCGAAGUCUACAAACCUCACCAUGGUGGCCGGAUGGAUACCUUGGGUACGCCUGAGUACACCGAAGUCUACAAACCUCAUCAUGGUAGUCGGAUGGAUACCUUGGGUACGCCUGAGUACACCGAAGUCUACAAACCUCAUUAUGGUAGUCGGAUGGAUACCUUGGGUACGCCUGAAUACACCGAAGUCUACAAACCUCACCAUGGUGGUCGGGUAGUCAUGCUCGACGACCGUGAGUACACUGAGGUAGAUGUGUCACCUGUAGAUGGUCGGGUGUUUGUCCCGGGUGGGUAUGAUUACACUGAUGUCAUGGUUUCUAGAGGAAACGGUCAGAUGCUUAUGUCGGGUGGCCACGAGUACACGGAAGUAGAAUUGUCGAGGACAGAUGACUACACAGAGGUCGUUGUCCCUCCUGAGGACUGUCGGGUGGUCAUGUCGGGUGCCCUUGAGAACCGGGGGGUGGGUCUUUUUAGGGCCAUGGCUGGGGUGGACGUACCGGACGACCUACAUUACGCCGAGGCCUGUGUGACAGACGUGAGGACGGGUGCUGCCACCCAAGGACCUGAGCAGUACAGCCACCUGGAGAAGUGCGCACCCAGGGGCACACUACAGGGUGUGCCGCGCGCCUAUAACCACGUGGUGGUCGUAAGGGCCAGACAUCAGGCGUGUGAUGACAGGGGCCAGGCUGCUGGUGUGGUCAAGCUGACCUCUGACACUGAGUACGAUGUCAGCUCCGUCACGAGUGAGGGAUGUCGGGUGAAGGUCAUCGCACAGCAGUACGACACACUCAACAAACAGUUUCCACCCGGUCCUGCCAACACGUGACCCCACCUCCACCACCUCCACCACCAACACCACCACCUCUACCUCUACCACCCUCCUUGCCACUCACAGCAACGAUAAGAACAUUAGUAGCGACAGCAUGUACACCAGCAACAGCGACGUGUACGGCAAAAAAAAAAAGAGGAAAAAAGAGAGGAGCGAAGACUGUUCCAUGGAAAGACGAUAUUGACAGUGGCGGACACACAGGCAACCAGCGAGACUGCAAGACUGACAGACAGGUCAGGGUUGUGGCAGCUGACAGUCAGAGGGAGAAGCAGAAUGCGGAUGGACGUGUUUCUGAGAGGCAGACUGACGGUGGAAAAAAGCAUGAAGAGAAUGAGUGACUGGAGCUGUGGACACUAACACUAAUCAUUUAUAUAUGUUUAGAUAUUUAUGUAACCAUUCAUUAAAUACAUUUAACGACACACAUAAUUAUGUAUAUAUACUUGUAUAUACAUCGACGAUGUUUAUGUACUUGGAUCUGUAAACGUUAUUAAAGGGACAUAACAGCUUGUCUGUCCUCUAGACACUGAUUACGUCCCCGUUCAAGAAGUGGGUCGACCUGUCCUACAUACACCACAUUGCUCCCUCCUUCAAAGCUACUCUUCCUUUUUUUCUUUCCCAUGGAUUUGCGACUCGCCCUCCCCCAGCCAGCAUCUUUCUCUCUCUUUCUCUCCACUCAACGACCCCCAGCCUUGAUUAUUGUUGUUGUGUGAGGUGACCCCCAGCCUUGAUUAUUGCUGUUGUUGUCUGAGGUGACCCCAGCCUUGAUUAUUGUUGUUGUUGUGUGAGGUGACCCCCAGCCUUGAUUAUUGCUGUUGUUGUCUGAGGUGACCCCAGCCUUGAUUAUUAUUAUUGUUGUUGUGUUGUUAACCCUGACCCCAGCCUUGAUUAUUGCUGUUGUUGUUGUGUGAGGUGACAGCCAGUCCCUCCAUCAAUAAAUGUCUCAAACGUG